UUGACGAGAGGUUUUAUUUUCCGUUUGGUUGACGAGAAAAAGAAAAGGCGAGAAAAUAAGGAGAGAAAGUGACUCGAAAAAUGAGCGGUGGGUUUGCAGCUUCGGCUUCUCCACCCAUUGUUUCUUCUUAUUUGCCUUCUAAAUCCAAAACACGCCAUUGCUAUUCAUCGAGCUUUGUCAAUCCUUGUACUACAAGUAGUACAACUACCCCGGAUUUCAAGCCCAGAGCCAUCAGAUUUUCCAAAGCAAACGGAUCUCAGACAAGACUACGAGUUUUCAAUAGCAGUACGAGACCUGGAGGAGGUGAUAAUGAGAGCAAAAGUGUUUUGGACGCAUUUUUCUUGGGAAAGGCUCUGGCAGAAGCAUUGAAUGAGCGUAUUGAGUCCGCAGUUGGGGAGUUUUUUAGCACAAUUGGUCGGCUGCAAUCUGAGCAACAAAAGCAAGUGCAGGAAUUCCAGGAAGAUGUUUUAGAAAGGGCCAAAAGAGCCAAAGAGAAAGCAGCUCGUGAGGCCAGGGAGUCUCAAGGACUGAUUUCCAGGUCCAUUGCGGUAGAGACGGCACCGGUCGCUAAUGGGACUACUUCAGUAGCCUCAACCAGCAAUGAUGUUAACUUGGAAGAUCAACCUUUAUCGUCUGAGCAAAAUCCCUCGACUGUUGAGGCAGACCCAGAUAAUGCCAACCAAAAUCCUGUUUCAAGGGUAUCCAAUGAAGACUGAUUUCAUCUUCAUAUGUACAUGAUGUGGUGGGAAUGAAUAUUUGAUGUAACCUUGUAGACCACCGCCUUUCUACAAUAAAGUUUGAAAACAGUCCAAAAUGGCAUAUAGUUAUCAAAAUUUUCGUUUACUUAGGCUA